AGAAGUUGUCCCGUGGCGGGCGGGCGGGCGAGCGGGCAGGAGCGGGACACCGAGGCCGGCGUGCGGACAGCAGAGAUUGCGCGGAGCGAGAGGCGCGGCAUGGAGCUCCGAGCAGCCGGCUUCUGCUGCCUCGCGCUGCUGUGGGGUUGCGCGCUGGCGGCCGCGGCAGCACAGGGAAAGGAAGUUGUUCUAUUGGACUUCGCAGCGAUGAAAGGGGAGCUCGGCUGGCUCACACACCCCUAUGGCAAAGGAUGGGACUUAAUGCAGAACAUCAUGAAUGACAUGCCCAUCUACAUGUACUCCGUCUGCAACGUGGUGUCCGGUGACCAGGACAAUUGGCUCCGUACCAACUGGGUGUACAGGGAGGAGGCUGAACGCAUCUUCAUCGAGCUCAAGUUCACGGUGCGUGACUGCAACAGCUUCCCGGGAGGCGCCAGCUCCUGCAAAGAGACCUUCAACCUUUACUAUGCAGAGUCGGAUGUGGACUAUGGCACCAACUUCCAGAAGCGCCAGUUCACCAAGAUCGACACCAUAGCCCCUGAUGAGAUCACGGUCAGCAGCGACUUUGAGGCUCGAAACGUCAAGCUGAAUGUGGAGGAGCGCAUCGUGGGGCCGCUCACCCGGAAGGGCUUCUACCUGGCCUUCCAGGACAUUGGCGCCUGUGUGGCGUUACUCUCGGUUCGCGUCUACUACAAGAAAUGCCCUGAGAUGCUGCAGAGCCUGGCUCGCUUCCCCGAGACCAUUGCUGUCGCAGUCUCUGAGGCACACCCCCUGGCCACGGUGGCUGGCACCUGCGUGGACCAUGCCGUGGUGCCAUAUGGGGGCGAGGAGCCCCUCAUGCAUUGCACAGUGAAUGGCGAGUGGCUGGUGCCUAUCGGACAGUGCCUGUGCCAGGCAGGCUACGAGAAGGUCGAGGACACCUGCCGAGCCUGCUCGCCAGGAUUCUUCAAGUCUGAGGCCUCCGAGAGCCCUUGCCUGGAGUGUCCGGAGCAUACCCUGCCAUCAGCCGAGGGUGCCGCCUCCUGCCAGUGUGAGGAAGGCUAUUUCAGGGCACCCGAGGACCCGUUGUCUGUGCCCUGCACACGCCCACCCUCUGCCCCCCACUACCUCACGGCAAUCGGCAUGGGUGCCAAAGUAGAACUGCGUUGGACACCCCCCCAGGACAGCGGGGGCCGCAAGGACAUUGUCUACAGCGUCACCUGUGAACAGUGCUGGCCUGAGUCUGGCGAGUGCGGGCCCUGUGAGGCCAGUGUGCGCUAUUCAGAGCCUCCUCAUGCCCUGACCCGCACAAGUGUGACAGUCAGUGACCUAGAGCCUCACAUGAACUACACCUUCACUGUUGAGGCCCGCAACGGCGUCUCCGGCCUGGUGACUAGCCGAAGCUUCCGCACUGCCAGCGUUAGCAUUAACCAGACAGAGCCCCCCAAGGUGAGGCUGGAGGACCGCAGUACCACCUCACUGAGUGUCACCUGGAGCAUCCCAGUGCCACAGCAGAGCCGCGUGUGGAAGUACGAAGUCACCUACCGCAAGAAGGGGGAUGCCAACAGCUAUAACGUGCGCCGCACUGAAGGCUUCUCCGUGACCCUGGACGACCUGGCUCCCGACACCACCUACCUGGUGCAGGUGCAGGCCCUGACGCAGGAGGGCCAGGGUGCUGGCAGCAAAGUGCAUGAGUUCCAGACACUGUCGACGGAAGGCUCCACCAACAUGGCGGUGAUCGGAGGUGUAGCUGUUGGCGGGGUCUUGCUUCUAGUGCUGGCGGGAGUCGGCUUGUUCAUCCACCGAAGGAGGAGGAACCUGCGAGCUCGCCAGUCCUCUGAGGAUGUCUAUUUUUCCAAGUCAGAACAACUGAAACCACUGAAGACCUAUGUGGACCCCCACACUUAUGAAGACCCCAACCAGGCUGUACUCAAGUUUACCACCGAGAUCCACCCAUCCUGUGUCUCAAGGCAGAAGGUGAUUGGAGCAGGAGAGUUUGGAGAAGUGUAUAAGGGGACUCUGAAGACAUCAUCAGGGAAGAAGGAGAUACCCGUGGCCAUCAAGACACUGAAAGCUGGCUACACGGAGAAGCAGCGUGUGGACUUCCUGAGUGAGGCCAGCAUCAUGGGCCAGUUCAGCCAUCACAACAUCAUCCGCCUGGAGGGCGUUGUCUCUAAAUGUGAGGCCCCGGGAGGUGCUCAGGGGUGGCCCCAGGAAGUCAGGGAAAGGGGCUGGAUCCGGGGCCACCUGACCCUGGCUGACCUGUAUCCCCACCCUGCUUACUGUCCUCACCCACACCUGUGUCCAUGUUCUACAGACAAACCCAUGAUGAUCAUCACAGAGUACAUGGAGAACGGAGCCCUGGACAAGUUCCUUAGGGAGAAGGAUGGCGAGUUCAGCGUGCUGCAGCUGGUGGGCAUGCUCCGGGGCAUUGCAUCCGGCAUGAAGUACCUGGCCAACAUGAACUACGUGCAUCGGGACCUGGCUGCCCGAAACAUUCUUGUCAACAGCAACCUGGUAUGCAAGGUGUCCGAUUUCGGCCUGUCCCGUGUCCUGGAGGAUGACCCUGAGGCCACCUACACCACUAGUGGCGGCAAGAUUCCUAUUCGAUGGACAGCCCCAGAGGCCAUUUCCUACCGCAAGUUCACCUCAGCCAGUGAUGUGUGGAGCUACGGAAUCGUCAUGUGGGAGGUGAUGACUUACGGCGAGCGGCCCUACUGGGAGCUGUCAAACCAUGAGGUCAUGAAAGCCAUCAAUGACGGCUUCCGGCUCCCCACACCCAUGGACUGCCCCUCGGCCAUCUACCAGCUCAUGAUGCAAUGUUGGCAGCAGGAUCGUUCCCGCCGGCCCAAGUUUGCUGACAUCGUCAGCAUCCUGGACAAGCUCAUCCGAGCCCCAGACUCCCUCAAGACCCUGGCUGACUUUGAUCCCCGAGUGUCCAUCCGGCUGCCCAGCACCAGUGGUUCCGAGGGAGUCCCCUUCCGUACAGUGUCCGAGUGGCUGGAGAGCAUCAAAAUGCAGCAAUACACAGAACACUUCAUGGUGGCUGGCUACACAGCCAUCGAGAAGGUGGUGCAGAUGUCCAAUGAUGACAUCAAGAGGAUUGGGGUGCGUCUCCCUGGCCACCAGAAGCGCAUUGCCUACAGCCUGCUGGGACUCAAGGACCAGGUGAACACAGUGGGGAUCCCCAUCUGAGUCCGACAGGGCCUUGUGCCCACCUUGACCAACAAUACUUGAAAAAACACAGUGGUCUCCCCGCCGACCCAUGCCAGGCCACUAGGACUUAAUUUAUUUCUACUUCUGCAUCUACACCACCCUGAGGACUCGGCAGGCGGCUCUUGAAGACACCCUGGCUGUGCUGGGGAAACUCCUGGAUUCUGGGCAGGGGCCUCUUCCCCUUCCAAGGACCCAGCUAAGCACUUAGCAGUUGCCAUUGCAUUCCCAGCAUUCCCUGGGGCUAGAGUGCCACCAAGACCAUUGACACCCACGUGAGACAUUUCCAAACGGGACCUCCCGUCACCUUUUCUCCCCAAGAAGCCACCUCAGGAACUGAGGCUGGGCCCUCAGCCCAAGACCAGAUGACUAGGACGCUGUAAGCCCCACCCCUCGUUAGAGGGUAGGUUGCUGGGUGGAGCCACAGCAAUCUUCCAGUGCCUUCUUCAGACCCAGGGCCCCGCCCUCCGCCCUGGAGGGCCAGUUUCUUGCUUUCUUGGGGCCCCCUCAGGAUGCUUGUUUGUGUUGAGGUUUUUUUUAAGUACAUAUUUUAUACUUGUGGAAAGAGUGAGUGUGUGGCAGGGACCUUGCCAGGGCUGGGCACGAGGAUGCCCUGCAGUAGACAUUCCUGGGCUCGGGGCUGGCCAGACUUGAGGGGGCUCACUGCCCAGCCACCUCAUCUCUCGACCCUUUGGACGACUGUCGUAUGCUGUCAGUGUUACUGAUUUUAUUGGGUUGUUUUUGUUUUGUUUUUUUGAACCUUAACUUAUUUUUUUUAUAUUUAUUGUUAGAAAACAACUUAUUUCUGCUCUGGAAUAAAGCCGCAGAUGGUUCAAACUGA